AUGGCGCUGCGUGUGAACCCCAUCCUUCGACGCCUAGAUGCCGACAAGAAUGUCGCUACGGCGGUACCGAGCAUCACUGACCGCUUCCACACCGUCGCCGACGUGGGAUGGUACUCGUCGGCAUUUCGACUCUGGACCUGUGCAUUUGAAUUCGGGUUCGCGAAGCUAAACACGCUCUUCUCAAUCAAGGCCGUCUUCAUUAUAGGAAACGAGAGCUUCUUCGUCGGUUUUCUGCCCUGA